AUGAUGAGGGAAGGAGACGAGGAAGAGAAGAGACAACUGUACCUGCUUGGGUUGAGAGUUCUAAUUAAUCAAUUGAUCUGCCGUCCCUUCACGUUGCCAGAGCUGGCCUUACAACAUGGCAAAGUUGCUAUAGUGACGGGAGGCACCAGGGGAAUUGGCUAUGAGACCUCAAGACACAUGGCCAGCCUGGGGGCACACAUUAUCAUAGCUAGACAGAAUGAGCUGAAGGGUGUGUCUGCUGUGAAGAGGAUUUGUGAGGAGAACAGAGAGGCCAAAGUGGAGUUUGAUCAGUUGAAUUUGGCAUCUUUGCAGUCAGUCAGGCAAUUUGUCCAGAAUAUCAAGAGACGGGGCCUACCGCUGCACAUCUUAGUCAACAAUGCGGCGGUCAUGUUGGUCCCUGAGGGUCGUACAGAGGAGGGCUUUGAGCAUCACUUCGGGGUCAACUACCUAGGUCACUUCCUGAUGACCUUGCUGCUGUUAGACACAUUAAAGCAUUCUGGGAAACGCGGUUCCUGCUCACGUGUUGUCACCCUCUCCUCGUCAGCUCAUGGUGCUGGAGAGAUACGACUAGACAGCCUGCUAAACAGGCAGUGUCAUUCGUCCCAUGCGGCGUACUGCCAGAGUAAGCUGGCACUACUGUUAUUUUCCUCCCACCUGCAACAGAGGCUGGAAAGAGGAGGGUUUCCAGUGAGCUCAUGUGCAGUGGACCCUGGGAUGGUCGACACGUCACUCUACUGCCACCGCUUCCCCACCGCCCGCCUCGCACAGACAGCCAUCGCACGCCUGCUCUUUAGGAGCCCGUCCCAGGGAGCGUCCACGGUCUUCUACACUGCUCUGUCUCCGUCUCUGGAGUGGGAGGGAGGAGCCUACUGGAGCAAUGGGCGCACAGAGAUGACAUCACCAAACACCUACGACCCCCAGCUACAUCGCGGCCUCUGGGACUCCAGCUGCAGACAAGUUGGCCUGCAGGAACGGCACCAACCAUGA